AGCAGCGGCGCCAUCUUUACGUCAGUGCCACCGGUGGGUCUUCGGCUCAGCGGAGCGACUGUGCUGUUGCUGAUCCACCACCAGGAACUGCCGAGCAGCCCAGAAUCCUCCCUUUCCACCGGGACGCAACGAAAAGCCCCAGUAUCCGAGCGCCAUGGCGGACAGAGAGAACUUAGUAUACCAGGCGAAGCUCGCCGAGCAGGCGGAGCGAUAUGACGAAAUGGUGGAGUCGAUGAAGAAGGUAGCCAGUAUGGACGUGGAGCUGACAGUGGAGGAGAGAAACCUUCUGUCAGUAGCCUACAAGAACGUGAUCGGAGCCAGAAGAGCAUCCUGGAGGAUAAUCAGCAGCCUCGAACAGAAAGAAGAAAACAAAGGCGGAGAGGACAAACUAAAGAUGAUCCGAGAAUACAGGAAAACGGUUGAGAAAGAGCUGAAAUCAAUCUGCAACGACAUUCUGGAUGUACUGGACAAGCACCUCAUCUUAGCUGCUACUACGGGAGAAUCUAAGGUUUUCUACUACAAAAUGAAGGGAGACUACCACAGGUACCUGGCAGAGUUUGCCACAGGCAAUGACAGGAAGGAGGCAGCUGAGAACAGUUUGGUAGCGUAUAAGGCCGCAAGUGACAUCGCCAUGAUCGAACUCCCUCCAACGCACCCCAUUCGUCUGGGACUGGCCCUUAACUUUUCAGUUUUCUAUUAUGAAAUCCUUAACUCGCCAGACCGUGCUUGCAGGUUGGCGAAGGAAGCAUUUGAUAAUGCCAUUGCAGAACUGGAUACGCUGAGCGAGGAAAGCUAUAAGGACUCAACACUUAUCAUGCAGUUGCUACGUGACAACUUGACACUAUGGACCUCAGAUGUGCAGGGAGACGGUGAAGAACAGAACAAAGAAGCACUGCAAGAUGCGGAGGAAGAGGCCCAGUGCGACUGAACAACACAAGAUGAACAGUCAUCCUCCUCUUGUUCCUCCUCCUCUUCUUAUUUCUCUCCUCCCAGCACUAGCUCCUGUCCCCAGCCACAGUCUUUAACUGGGUUGAUACUGCAGCCUACACUUUUUCUCUGCCUUCCCCUCCAUUUCUACUCAUCUGUCUCACCUUUUCUCCUCAUAUGCACGUCAUCUUCUGGUGCCCCCCAGGGCCCAUUCGGGUCUUCAUCUCCACUACCCAGGGGUUCUACCUUGUUUUGAUGACUCCUUUUGCAAGCCUGUACCAUUUAAAAGGGAUAGGUGGGUUUUCUUUGAAGUGGGGCUGUAUGAGGUACAUCAGCACUCCCAGUUUGGAGAAACAGGCAGGGAAGCUGAGCUCUGAACUGCUAUGGAUGGGGUCAGCAGCAAAAUGUGCCACCUAGGGGGGGAAAAAUCACUUAAAGUGUAUGUAAUAUUCAGAGUAUUUUCACUGCUUCACCUUGCAGUCCAUCCAGAAACUGAAGCUUUUAAAUCACUCUCUUCAAAGCCACCAAGCUCCUUUGAGACAAACUGUAAUUUCACCACACAGAAAGGGGGAGUUGCUGGUUUACGGCUGCGUGACUUUGGCACUUUCACACGUUAGUUCAGAUUCUAGCUUACAUGUUAAAACACCAAAGUAACAUAGCAGCAGACCAGUAACUGAUGUGUUCAACAGGGUCAAAUUACUGUUUUUGUCAAAGGAGUCUGGUGGCUCUAAAGAGAGUGAUAGAACAGUUAAAGGAAAACUGCUGUAAAGCAAUGAAAAUACUCUAAUAGCAAACUGAUUGUACUUUUGAGGUUGCUGAAAGACAUUUUGCUGCUGCCUCCGUCCAUGUCAGUACAUCACUUAGCUUCUUGUGGUGCUGAUCGUCUACUGUAGGUAAUAAACACUAUGAACACGUAUGUCAUGCUAGCCCACUUCAAAGAAACAUAACUAUCCCUCUCAAGUUUGCGUCCUCUUUUACUGUUUUUAUUUUGCUUUACAUUGCUGUAUCAUCUGUUGCCAAGUAUGCUUGCCUGUAUUUGUAAUACUCAUAUGCAAGGGUUUAUUUAAAAACAACACUCUGGUGUUCAUCUUUUUUUUGUUUCCUGUAUAUGUGUGUUUUGAACAAUAUGUUGUCCAUGCUUUUGUCACUUCUGAAACACUUCAGUUAUCAGUUACCACAAAGGAAGGCUUAAAAGGGAUGUGUUAAAGGUUUUUGGAAGAACUAAGUGCCCUCUUUACUUUGUGGUUACCAAACCUGCUCCUUCAACACAUUUGUGGGUUUUUUUUUGUUAAUUUUUUAAAAAUGGCAACAUCAGAAUGUCCCCCUUCUCCGAGCAUCACUCUGACCUCUAUUCUUGUCCGCUCUUGGACCAAGUAUUGUGCUGCGAGGCUGUAGCGCUUUUGCUAAUGGCAGGUAGUUAGGUAGUGGCUUUUUAACAGACUGUGUGUGUGUGUGUGUGGGUGUGUGUGUGUGGGUGGGUGGGUGUGCGGGAGAGGAAUGCUCAACACUCUUUGAUUGUAAUGUAAUGCAGUUUUGCAUUGGCACUAUAUAAAAACAGUUUGGGAAAUAGAGGCCUGCUGUAUCUUUACUCCCCUGACUCUUUCAGGUUUCCUUGUCUCAACUCUUUCCUCUCAUUUCCUCUCUUCCUUCUGUUCAGUAUGUGUAACGUGAAUCUGAUUUGUACUACUGGAUAUUCUCACCGGAGCCACAAGUACCAUCUGUAUUCUUACUGAAACACAGCAUGGAAUUAACAUUAAACUUCAAAUUGAAAACAUUA